AUGAGAUCCGCCGUCGUCCUUUCUUUCCUUUCAGCAGUUGCCCUAGGAGCACCCACCCCAAAUCCUGCGCCACAGGUCCCUGAAUACAAACGCAGCCCCGCCAAUCCCAAUGUAGAUGACUCCAAACUCUCAAUCGGCCUCGGCAUUCCAGCUGUUGUCAUCGACGGACAUCCCAUCAAGUUCAAGCUUCCCCAUUUGAAACGUGAUCCUGCCAAGAAUGUGGACGACUCCAAGUUCUCAAUCGGCUCCCAUACAAUCGUAACUGGAGGUCCUGCUAUCGCCAUUAACGGCCAUGCCAAGGGAGGUUCCGUAGGAAAUGACCCUGGCUCGUCGAUUGACAUUCACAUCAGAGAUCCUGAGCCAAAUCCGGUCAAGAAGCGCAGCCCAGAGUUCAUAACUGGAACUUCGGCUAUUGGGUUUGGUACGUCAGCUACAGGUGGAAGCGUGAGUCUCUCUGGGGAUUCAAAUGGCGAAGAUGGGGCUUGCAAAGAUGGCAAAAAUGGCAAGAACGGUAAAAAUGGCAAGAACGGUAAAAAUGGCAAAGACGGUACUGGUAUUGCCAAUGGUGGCAACGGUGGUGAUGCAUUGGUCGCCGGCAGUCUUGCUGGCAAUGGGGGAAACGGUGGCAUUUUCAUUAACCCAUAA